CCCAUACAGGUGGAGGUAGUGGAGUCGGUAUGUUCAGCCUAAGCCCAGGGUGGUAACUGGCAGGCGCCUGCAGCACCCUUUCCUUUUUGCCUUACACUGGACCCUACAUCGUACUUGGUCAGCAGUGACAGCAGAACCUGAGUGGGAAAGAUGGUUGUCGUAAGGAGGAGGAACGUGAAAGUGUUUACCUUCGCCUUUUUGCUCAUCACAGUAACGUCAUUUCUGCUGAACUACACGCACCAGGUGACCACGACCACCUGGGAUCCGAGACAUCUCAUCAUGCAGUUUUCAGAGCAAGUCCAAAAACUCUUCAAGUACCCCAGGAGACCGUGCAGCUGUCACACGUGCAUUUCUGAGCUGGGACAUUCCCUCUGGUUUGAUCAGAGAUUUAAUUCAACUAUGCAACCUUUCCUGACCUCACAAAACGCCUUGAUCCCAGAAGAGAGCUACAGGUGGUGGCUGAAAUUGCAAGGAGAGAAAACUCCGAAGAAUAUUAAUGCUACUCUCAAGGAUUUGUUUGGGAUCAUUCCUGGGGAUGGGGAUCCACUGCAGGAGCGAGGCACUUACACGUGCAAACGGUGCGCCGUCGUGGGCAACUCUGGGAACCUCCGGCAGUCUCAAUAUGGCCAAGAUAUUGAUGCCCAUGACUUUGUGCUCAGAAUGAACCGUGCCCCCACCACUGGCUACGAAUCAGAUGUUGGGAGCAAGACCACUCACCACUUCGUUUACCCUGAGAGCUACAAAGAGCUGGCAGAAAAUGUGAGCAUGAUCCUGAUCCCCUUCAAAACCUUGGACCUGCGCUGGGUUGUCACCGCUCUCACCACAGGCACCAUCAACUUCACAUAUGUUCCAGUUCCACGGAAAAUCAAAGUCAAAAAAGAAAAGAUCCUGGUUUAUAAUCCAGCUUUUAUGAAAUACGUCUACGAAAACUGGCUCCAGCAUCAUGGGAGAUACCCCUCCACAGGCCUUCUGUCUUUGAUAUUUGCACUCCACGUAUGCGAUGAGGUGAAUGUGUAUGGUUUUGGAGCAGACAGCAAGGGACACUGGCAUCACUACUGGGAAAACAACGCUUCAGCUGGGGCUUUCCGGAAGACAGGUGUCCAUGACGGAGAUUUUGAGUUCAAUAUAACUUUGACUCUUGCCUCCAUUGAAAAAAUAAAUUUUUUCAAGGGCAGAUGACCCUGGCCACAGGGAGAAGUGGGGGCUGCAAUUUCCAACAUGCAGCAGAAUGAAGCUCGGUGAAGAUGAUCUGGGCGCCAGCCAGGUUUGAAUGUGUGAAUCUGCGGUGAAUUCGGAGCAUCUCACUGCUGCAAUGCUCACUGCAGGGAGCUCGGCCGAGGACCGGCUUCCACGCUGCACGUGAUUUCCUAUCUACAGAUAGCUGGGAACUACCAAUCGGUUGUGGGAAUAAAUGAAUCUCUGCUUAGCCUCUACGGCUUGAUUUCUGAAUUACUGAUGAAAGAUCUGCCUGUUACAAUUAGGGGAAACCUGGGCACAAGAACUGCUGUUUGUGUGUCUGUUCUUUCCUUGAGCAAGGCAGGAGAUCCUGGAAGAAGAGUGAAAAUGACUUCUGGGACUUGAGACCCACUAGGGCAGCUGUGAACAUCGUAGUAAGGAUUACCUCAAAGAAAUUAAUUCAUUUCUGCUGUUGAUCUUCUUUUUGAACUGCGUGUUCUGUUUCCUCUAUUAGUUCUGGUUUCAUGCUGUAUUAAGCAAAAAAGAGAUGAGGUUGCCUGGAGUAGUAAAUAUUUCAGCUGUUGCCUCAUUCUGCAUUGAUAGUGUCUAGAAAAUACAAAUCAAAUAAUCUCUGAUCAUAUAUUAUUUAAUAUCAGUUCCUAUACAGCCAUA